AUGGCAAAGGAUAUUAAAGUUGCAAUCAUUGGUGUCGGCGGGGUCGGAAAGGCCUUCGUUAGCCAGCUAUCAAACUAUACCAAAAAGAAUGCUUCAACAGUAUCGGUAUCAGUGGUUUACAUUGCCCGGUCCCGUGCGGCCUUGAUCUCAAAGGACUAUUCGCCUCUUCCUUUAACAGCAUUCGUUUCUGAGGAGUUGGAUGCAGCCGGCACGGAGCCAUUAAGCGUUCCCGACCUAAUUCAGUUCUUGAAGGCAUCGGGGAGUGAGGCUAUUUUGAUCGAUAAUACUUCCUCAAUUGAACUUGCAAAUACAUAUCCUGACAUUCUGUCCGCCGGUAUCCAUAUUGCAACUCCAAACAAGAAGGGAUUCUCGUCAGAGGAGAAGCUAUGGAACGAUAUAUUCGCUGCAGCGGGUAACAACGGUGGAAGUGGUGGCUAUGUUUUCCACGAGGCUACCGUUGGUGCAGGGCUUCCUGUCCUUAGCACCAUAAGGGAUCUGGUAGAUACUGGCGAUGAGGUUACAAAGGUCGAAGGUGUCUUCUCCGGAACCAUGAGCUUUUUAUUCAACGAAUUUGCACCAGUUGGAGCAAGUGGUGCUCCCAAGGCAUUCUCUGACGUUGUUAAAGUUGCGAAGGAUGCCGGAUAUACUGAACCGGAUCCAAGGGAUGACUUGAACGGUCUCGAUGUCGCCCGAAAGCUCACUAUUCUCGCACGUCUCUCUGGCCUUUCGAUUGCCUCGCCGACUUCAUUCCCCGUCCAGUCACUCAUCCCGAAGCCUUUAGAGUCUGUCUCGACCUCGCAAGAGUUUAUGGAUGGCCUACCAAACUACGAUUCUGAGAUCGGUUUGCUCGCGGAUGAUGCAAAGAAAGAAGGAAAGGUCAUCCGAUUCGUUGGAAGCAUCGAUGUGCCCGCAAAGGCUGUUAAGGUUGGAUUGGAGAAAUUCGACUUCUCGCACCCAAUUGCCGGAUUGAAAGGGAGCGAUAACAUAAUUGCGUUUUACACCAAGAGGUACGGCGAUCGUGCAUUGAUUGUACAGGGCGCCGGCGCCGGCGCCGAGGUUACUGCUAUGGGGGUCCUCUCCGAUGUGAUCAAAAUUAUUGCCAGGAUUAAGUAG